AUGUUGGUAGCACAGUGGCAGCUGAUUGUUUUCUCGUGGGUACGCUAUAUUAAGUCAUACUCAACAAAUUAUGAAGAAACGCCCAUCAGCAUACAGCAGUUGAAACACAAAACCCGAAACAGCAUGAACAUCGAACAUUCAACCGAAUGGAGUGCUAACGAGCUCCUGUACAACCUCAGCUUGAACAAUUACAGCGACAGUUUCCAAAAUGAGAACAUUACGUUGCCCGACCCGAUUGAGGACAAAGCCAUUCAGGCAGCUUUUUGUACGGCCUACACUAUCAUUUUCACGGUCGGAAUCUUCGGCAAUGCCUUAGUUUGCUACGCUGUUAUCAGGAAUCGUGCUAUGCAGACCGUCACCAAUCUAUUUAUCACGAAUCUGGCACUGUCUGAUAUACUUCUAUGUGUUUUUGCCGUUCCUUUUACCCCUCUCUAUACGUUUCUAGGCAGAUGGGUCUUUGGAGGUCCACUCUGCCACAUCAUGCCAUACGCUCAGGGUUGUAGCGUUUACAUCUCCACGCUCACCCUAACUUCCAUAGCGAUCGAUAGAUUCUUUGUAAUCAUUUACCCCUUCAAACCCCGAAUGAAAAUCACUACUUGCAUCGGACUCAUAAUAUUCAUCUGGGUUUUUGCUCUAUCUGUGACCUUUCCUUACGGUUACUACAUGACCCUUCAAGAUAUCUUCUGCGAAGAGAAAUGGCCAUCUGAUCAGAUACGUAAAGCAUUCGGAGCGGUAACAACUAUCAUGCAAUUCGUGUUACCAUUUAUAGUUAUGGCGUUCUGCUACACCUGUGUUAGUAUAAAACUGAAUGAUAGAUUGAAAACCAGACCUGGAAGCAAGAAUAGUAAAAAAGAAGACGCCGAGAGAGAGAGAAAGAGACGGACUAACCGAAUGUUGAUAGCGAUGGUGGCUAUCUUCGGGCUGUCGUGGCUUCCCUUGAAUUUAAUUAACAUAAGUAGCGAUUUUUACUCCUUCGCCGAAGACUGGAGGUAUUACAUGGUACUGUUCUUUGUGGCGCAUUUUAUUGCGAUGUCGUCGACUUGUUAUAACCCGUUCUUAUACGCUUGGCUGAACGAGAAUUUCCGUAAAGAGUUCAAGCAGAUACUGCCGUGUCUCGGCGCGUUAGUCACAAAGUCGAAGAGGAAUUUUAAUCAAUCAGAGAGGACGGGAAUGUAUAGAUCGGAGAAGACUUGUAAUGGAAACGAGACAGUGCAAGAGUCGUUGCUGACGUCAACUAUAAAUAAGAUGCCUUCAGUUAGAUAUAAGAUAGAAUUAAACGAUAAGAUUAAAGUUUACGAAGACGAAGUGGACAAUGUCAGUCCAGAUGAGAAACCGGAGGACAACCCUAGAGCCUAUCGUAUCUGCGCUGUAAAUAUCGGUACUAAGCGUGCAAAGAUAUAUAUAGAUAGUUUUUUAAUGAAAUGUAGCAACCAGCUUUAA